UCCGCUACGACCAGAGCCGUGUUUAGGUACAACGUGGGCUUGUUUACACUUUGUUCCGUCACAGGCGGAUUUGUCCCGCUAAUGUAGAGCCGUCAGUCCGCAGAAGUCCGCUGGAAACUGGUCUGUGUGUCUGCGGGAAGAAAUGGGGAAGCCGAAGAAAAAGAGUGAUCUGAGCCGAGCUGAGCUCAUGAUGAUGACCAUCGCUGAUGUCAUCAAACAGCUGGUGGAAGCUCACGAAGAGGGAAAAGACAUCAACCUGAAUAAAGUGAAGACUCAGACUUCAGCUAAGUAUGGCCUGGAAGCCCAGCCUCGUCUGGUGGACAUCAUCGCCGCAGUUCCUCCACAGUACCGCCGAGCGCUGGUCCCCAAACUGAAGGCCAAACCCAUACGAACGGCCAGCGGGAUUGCAGUUGUCGCUGUCAUGUGCAAACCUCAUCGAUGUCCACACAUCAGCUUCACAGGAAACAUCUGUGUAUACUGUCCUGGAGGUCCAGACUCUGACUUUGAAUACUCCACACAGUCCUAUACUGGAUAUGAGCCCACAUCCAUGAGAGCCAUCCGGGCCCGGUAUGACCCGUACCUUCAGACCAGACACCGGGUGGAACAGCUGAAGCAGCUGGGACACAGUGUGGAUAAGGUGGAGUUCAUCGUGAUGGGCGGGACUUUCAUGGCUCUGCCUGAGGACUACAGGGACUAUUUUAUCCGGAACCUGCACGACGCCCUGUCCGGACACACGUCCAACAGCGUGGACGAGGCCGUCAGAUACUCUGAGCGCAGUUCCACUAAAUGUGUUGGAAUCACCAUAGAGACUCGUCCAGACUACUGUCUGAAGAGACACCUCAGUGACAUGCUGGGGUACGGCUGCACCCGCCUGGAGAUAGGAGUCCAGAGUGUGUACGAGGACGUGGCCCGGGACACCAACAGAGGACACACCGUCAGGGCUGUUUGUGAGUCCUUCCACCUGUCCAAGGACGCUGGGUUCAAAGUGGUGGCACACAUGAUGCCAGACCUGCCCAACGUAGGACUGGACCGGGACAUCGAACAGUUUAUAGAGUUCUUUGAGAACCCGGCGUUCCGUCCAGACGGUCUGAAGCUGUACCCGACCCUGGUGAUCCGAGGCACCGGUCUGUACGAGCUCUGGAAGACCGGACGAUACAAGAGCUACAGCCCCAGCACCCUGGUGGACCUGGUGGCACGGAUCCUGGCCCUGGUGCCCCCAUGGACCCGGGUCUACAGAGUCCAGAGGGACAUCCCUAUGCCUCUGGUCAGUUCUGGAGUUGAACAUGGGAACCUGAGGGAGUUGGCCUUGGCCCGAAUGAAGGACAUGGGCACUGAGUGUCGGGACGUCAGAACCAGAGAAGUGGGCAUUCAGGAGAUCCACCACAAGGUCCGACCCUACCAGGUGGAGCUGGUCCGGAGGGACUACGUGUCCAACGGGGGCUGGGAGACCUUCCUGUCCUACGAGGACCCCGAACGGGACAUUCUGAUUGGUCUGCUGCGUCUGCGCCGAUGCUCCGCCCAGUCCUUCCGUCCGGAGCUCAAAGGGGGCGUAUCCGUGGUGCGCGAGCUGCACGUGUACGGCAGCGUGGUCCCGGUCAGCAGCCGAGACCCAAUGAAGUUCCAGCAUCAGGGCUUUGGGAUGAUGCUGAUGGAGGAGGCCGAGAGGAUCGCAACAGAAGAACACGGAUCCAGGAAACUGGCUGUCAUCUCAGGUGUUGGAACCAGGAAUUACUACAGGAAGAUGGGCUACGAACUGGAAGGACCAUAUAUGGUCAAGGAGCUCUGAACCUGGACCUGACCCUGGACCUGGACCACUCUUUCAUCUGCUGUAACGUCGAGCGCCUCCAUCAUCGUCCCAGUCUUUAUGUUCCGUGUCGGCGCCGCUGCGUUGGUUUAAUGUCGCUCCGUCAGUGUUUUAAUGGAGCCCCGCCCCCUUCAGUUCUGCUGCUGAUGCAGAUGAAAUGACAGGAAACGACUGGAUUCCAGGAAUAAAGUCAUGAAGCGUUUACGGACCAGGACCAGAGGGAGGGGAGGGGAGGAGGGGGAGGGGCUGUAAAUGAUGAUGACACACUAGCUGUGAGUGUGUAGGUGUGAGCAGAGGGCAGAGGUCACAGGUCAGUGGGCGGGGCAUCAGAGGUGCAUGUUCUCCAGGUUCUCAUGUUGAGUUCUUACAGUUUUGUUCUUAAAGUUGAAUUCAUGAUGAGGCUGAUGUUUAUGAAGGUCUGAACACUGGGACCGGUCCUGGUUCUGGACCUGGUCCUGGCCCAGCUCUGAUCCCCCUCCAGACCAGACCUGUUCUCUCAGUGGACUUGAACGUGUGCCUGUUUCUUCUGUUUGUGUUUCUGUUCUGCUUUUUCAUCCACAGCAGAGUUCAAAGCUCAGUCUGAGUUCAUUAAAGGUGGAAGAGUUUUACA